AUGGCAACAUACCGAAAUCCGGACUACACGUUCUCAGCUGCAACGGUCUCUUAUCGAAUUUGUUAUUGGCUAUGUAAUGAUCCGCACCCUGACGUAUCCUCGGAUAUGCUUCACUUUCUGGUGGCUCUGUCAAAACAUUGCGUCUUUAUUUUGUGUUGUUGGAUUUUCGGUCAUCACAAUAAAGGAAAUAGCCAAUAUAAAGUGUUGGCUCGAUGCAUCCAAACACUCCUAGCACUCAGUCAGACUAUUUGUUAUGGACCGGGAGAACCAUAA